AUGCAGAAUGGGUUUCAAGUAGGAUUAAGGGAUCAUCCAGACCACCAUUCACUACUGCCUGAUCCCAACAACCGCCAGUGCUUAGCGCACAUGCCCAGCACAUGUCAGCAAAUGCUGACGUGGCUUGAACAUAUGCGAACCACACCGGAAGGCGCCAGAAUGAGAGGAGUGGAGGAGGGCAAGAAGGAGAUGAGGGAGAGCUUAGAGAAAGGUACCCACAAUCCCUCGGCUGCGUUCAACACCAUCAAUCUCCACGAAGCCAUGGAGGACGAGUGCGACUCACAGUGGUGUGUAUCCAGCGCCAUAUACGUUGAGCGUAUGCCUACAGCAUCGACGUCUUCCUAUCAUUCUGCACUGCUAUAUAGUAUUAAGCAAUUAUUACGCAUGAAUGCAAACACUAUACCACCGGCUUAGAAUUCGACAUACUGUUAGAAUAAUGUGUCGAACACGACAAACAAGCUCAUGGAUCAGGAAAAUGAUGCUUGAU